CAAACUGUUUUGACUCCAAGGUGGCUUUUGUAAAAUGUCAGAUAUUUGUCCUUGUAACCUUAAAACUCCAUCUUCUAAGGAAGAUUUUAUAGUUUUCCUGUGAUGUAUUUCUUUAGCUGGAAUUCAGGAAUGUCGCUGAUUUCAAGACGAACUGAGAAGUCACUACUGUACAUGUUGCACUGUUACACUGACUGUUAGUGCUAAGCUUUGAGUACAGGAACAAGUGGUUUUAAUCCUAUAUACGUUGUACGAAUUAGUUCUAGUACGUCAAAUUAUGUUCUCCUGCUGAUAACCGCGUGUAAAAAUGACUGCACAUUUUCGAAGAUCAGUAGAGACAGAGCAGGGAAAUGGUAAUGAGGCAAUGACCCUCGUCGAUUUAGAGAACGUGGAAGAUGGUGGAGAAAAUUGUGAAAGUGGUUUUGUUUCACCAACGGAGCUAACGAAGAUCAAUUUCCGAUCACUGAUUGGUCAUACAGACGAGGUGAAUACAUGUGCAUUUUCUUCUGACUGGUCAAAAAUUGUCACUGGAGGGGAUGACAUGCUGGUCAAGUCAUGGGACACAAAGGCUGGCAAAGUGUUAUUCACUUUAGACAGUCAUGAAGGUGCAAUAAAAUGUGUAUGUUUUUCAUCCGAUGGGAAGUUGUUUGCCUCUGCUUCUUAUGACCAUACUGUUAGAGUUGUAAACAGCAGCACUGGAAAAGAAGUCUUCAAUCUGGAAGGACACACGCACAGUGUUGAGACAUGUUGUUUUUCUCCUGACUCAAGAUACUUGUGUUCAGGAUCUUGGGACACAUCUGCAGUUGUUUGGAAUUUAAAGACUGGCACUGCUGCAUUUGUUUUGGAUGGCCAUCGAAAUGUUGUGCAGGCCUGUGCAUUCUCUGUUGAUAGCUCAACUGUGGCAACAGGUUCUUGGGACUGUACAGUUCGUUUGUGGCCUCUAACAGAUGGCAAAAUGAAUGUCACAUGUUUGAAAGGACACAAAAGUAACAUUCAUGCAGUAGCAUUUUCUUCCAAUUCAUUACUGGCCUCAGCAUCAUGGGACAGUACCCUCCGACUUUGGGACACCCAGUCAGGAAAUUUGUUGCAUGUAUUAGAGGGACACAGUGGCUGGGUUCAGGCGUGUUCAUUUUCAGCUGAUGGAAAGCUUCUUGCAUCCGCCUCUGAUGAUCAAACGGUUCGUGUAUGGGACACAGAAACUGCGAAGUGCAUCAAGGAACUUGAGUGCGAUACAGAUGAAAUUCAUACUUGCUGUUUCACUCCCAAUGGCUCGGUAUUCGCGUCUGGACCAGCAGAAGCCGAAACAACUAUUUGUAUUUAUUAAAUAUAAUGACGAUAUUGGCCAAUCUAAGUCUGGCUUAAGCCAACCUUAACACUUAAUGACCGCCAGCUAAAGAGAACAGGAGGAGGUAUCUUUGAUAGCAGUUUUAGGCCACUAAGUAGUAAUGAGUUAAUCAUUGUUUAUGACUGAUUUUGGAUAGUUCACUUCUUGAAAAAGUUAUACUCACAAAUGAUACC